AUGCUGGCAGUCUUAUCUGUCUCAGCACUCCACCUCAGCCACUUCUCAACAGAACGAAAGGAAUUUCUCCGCGAAAGGGCUAUUGUGUAUCACAAUCAGGCACUUAGCAUCGCGGCUCCUUUUAUCGACGCCUACGACAACACAAACGCUCAAGAGCUGUUUGCCUUCUCGAUCUUGACUAUUUAUUACUCAUUCGCACAGACCCCAGAGAAGGAAGACGGACCGUAUCCUCCUUGGGUGGUUUUAAUCAACGGGUGCGCAAGCUUUGCCUCGUUGGGUGACAGCGCUCUCACCCUCGGCCCCUUCUCAGUCCUUCUCUCCAAUGCCCGCAGACGUUUUAAAAUCAGGGAGCGUGUCUUCAAAAUCGACUAUGUGCAACAGCUCAAGGUAUUCAUCGAUGAGACGGUCACAGAUCCAGCACAGUGCUCUAUCUACCAAGAUGCGCUUUCCGCAUUGAACCAGACGUAUGGUGUUUUCUAUGAGACGGAUGGUGAUAAAGACUUGGUCGAUAUCUUUUCUUGGACGGUGCCAGCUAAAGCUUUCUUUGAGUUCGUGGCGGAUGAAGAACCCGAAGCCCUUGUUGUCCUUUCUUACUUCUGCGUCUUGUUACACAAACUGCCCAGUCAGUGGUGGCUGAGCGGCUGGGUCAAUCAUAUUAUGAUGCGGAUAUAUGGUUCUGUUGGAGAGAAGUAUCUGCCCUAUUUAGUAUGGCCGAUGGAGGAGAUUGGUUGGUUGCCAAAGAAUUGA